CAUCCUUUGAACGCCCCUCUAUUCCGUUCUUUCGCCCUGCAUUCCGCUCUACCCAAUCCCUAGUCUCGAGACAUCCAAACACGAGUGCAUCAUCCGGCCGCUUGGCGCGUAGUGGGGUAAGAUGCCCGCAGUGGGAUCCGUGACCCACUCCUCACCACCAAAGAUGUGUUUGUUUGGACCCCGAUGUUCAUUGCCGCGGUGAACAGAAUUCUGGGCGUAGAGCUGUGCCGUGCGGAUGCAUAUAUUUCGGUCUACCCCGUUUGAUGGUGCAAGAGGAGGGAUUUUGUCAGUCUUACUCUUGCAGUCCGUCUCGUGAGGGGCAGCAUAUAAAACAGAGUGACGACAGCAAAUCGAUAGAAAUCCUUGAAAAAUCAACAGCUUGCCUUGCAUAAUGACAGUUCCAUCGACUCCAGAAUCGAAAUGCGACGUGCUUAUCAUUGGCGCCGGACCUGCCGGCCUGAUGAUGGCAGCAUGGAUGGCGCGCUGCGGAAUCCAUGCUCGAAUCGUGGACAAACGCAGUACAAAGAUCUUUUCUGGUCAGGCUGAUGGCUUGCAGAUGCGAAGUUUGGAAAUCUUUGAUAGCUUUGGGUUUGCGGAUCGGGCUUGGAAAGAGGCAAAUCAUAUGAUUGAGAUUUGCAUGUGGAACCCAGGUGCGGACGGUACUAUACGUCGCUCUGAUCGUAUCCCCGAUGUCCCAGUCGGUCUGUCCCGCUUCACGCAAAUCGUCCUACAUCAAGGCCGCAUCGAACGCUUUUUCCUCGACCACAUCAAGAAGUACUCCGACCCCCCCAUCUCGGUCGAGCGCGCCGUUCUCCCCGAGUCCCUCUCCAUCGACGAAACCCUGUGCGAUAACCACUCGGCUGAUUCCUAUCCGAUUAAAGUCACAUUGAGACAUUUGACAGAAGAGGAGGCGACGCCGGCGCAGCAGAGUAAUGGAAACGGAAAUGAUGUCAGGGAUGGGAUGUUUAGAAGCAAUCUUGCGGAAGAUGAUACAGAUGAUUUGAUUCGAAAGAGUCAGGUGAAAGAAGGCGCGGCGGAGGUUGUGAGAGCAAAGUACAUGGUGGGUUGUGAUGGCGCGCAUAGUUGGACGAGGAGGCAGCUGGGGUUUCAGUUAGAAGGGGAACCGACAGAUUUUAUCUGGGGUGUGCUUGAUGUAAUCCCUAUAACCGACUUCCCAGACAUCCGGAUGCGCUGUGCCGUCCACAGCGCCUCCUCAGGCUCUCUCAUGGUUAUCCCCCGCGAAAACAAGCUCGUGCGGCUCUACAUCCAACUCAAUGAAAUCAAGCCCGAUGCCUCAGGCCGUGCUGACAGAUCCCAAAUCACCCCAACCACCAUCAUCACCGCAGCACAGAAGAUCCUCUCCCCUUAUAAAAUCACGUACGAAUACUGCGACUGGUGGACUGCAUAUCAAAUUGGGCAACGUGUCGGCACCAACUUUGACUCCAGAAGCCGAGUCUUUCUAGCCGGCGACGCAGUCCACACGCACUCACCAAAGGCUGGACAGGGCAUGAAUGUCAGUAUGCAAGAUGCGUUCAACCUAGGCUGGAAGCUCGGUCUCGUUGUCAAAGGGAUUGCGAAACCCGAGAUUCUGAAAACAUACCAGAGUGAACGACGACGCGUUGCACAGGACCUCAUCAACUUUGACCACAAAUUCUCACGGCUGUUUUCCGGUAGACCGGCCAAGGAUGUCAUGGAUGAAAGUGGCGUUAGCAUGGCUGAUUUCAAAGACGCGUUCAUUAAAGGGAACCUGUUCGCAUCGGGACUGUCGGUUGAUUACGGCGCUAGCAUGCUCGUUGCUAAAGAAGGUAAUGCCGCACAACAAGGAGAUGGGACUGAUGUCUCCGCAUCUAGGGUCCGCGGGAAGCAAGAGUUGGCGAAGAAGGUGCUAAUGGGAAUGCGGUUCCCGAGUUUCAAAGUGUUGAACCAGUCGGAUGCGCGACCUUGGCAUUUCCAAGAGCGGUUGAAGAGUGAUGGACGUUUCCGGCUUAUCGUCUUCGCUGGAAACGUACUUUCGCCAGCCCAGAAUGAGCGCCUCAAUGCAUUCUGCGGCGCCCUCGCUUCCUCGACAUUCUUGAAACCGCAUCUGUAUACAAACAUUGAUGUUCUAACACUGCAUUCGGCGAAACGCACGGAUACAGAGCUGUUGCGAGAUUUCCCCGAGGUCCUGCAUCCGUUUGACGAGCAUUCUGGCUGGGAUUAUAAUAGCGUGUUUGUGGAUGAUGAGAGCUACCAUGAGGGGUAUGGGGAUGCGUAUGGGAAUUAUGGGGUUGAUAGGGAGACAGGGUGUGUGCUUGUUACGCGGCCAGAUCAGUAUGUAGGAUUUGUGGGAGAGUUGGGUGGGGAGGGGUUUAAGGAGGUAGAGAGGUAUUUUGGGGGAGUGCUUGUUGGGAAAGGAGGGUGAUGGAUAG